GUGAGAUUUGAAACGCUGGCCGUUCAGCUGUUGGGAGUAUGAGUGUAUGAUAGAGAAGGAGUGAAGUGUUUAUUAGGCAGUAUUACAGAUUUAUAGUUUAAAAUAAGAGUUUCAGCGGAUUAUUUCAGAUUUUUCAGGUGAUUAUUUGAGGUGUAUAUAGACUGACCAUCAUGGGGGAUGACAGUGAGUGGAAGAAGCUUCCCACUGAUCAGAAAUGUGAACAUAAGGUUUGGAAGGCAAGAUUAAGUGGUUACACUGAGGCCUUGCAGCAGUUUCAGAGGAUCACAGAUGAAAAGAGUCCCGAAUGGGGAAAAUAUCAAGGACUAAUCAAGAAGUUUGUUACAGACUCAAAUGCAGUAGCUCAACUCAAAGGACUAGAGGCUGCUCUGGCAUACAUUGAAAAUGCACAUUUGGCUUCUAGGACUGCUGGUGAGGUGGUGUCUGGGGUGGUGUGUAAAGUAUUUAACCAGCCAAAAGCCAGAGCAAAGGAGCUGGGGUCUGAUAUCUGCCUGAUGUACAUAGAGAUUGAGAAAGCUGAGGCCGUUCAGGAAGAGCUUCUCAAAGGUCUGGACAACAAAAACCCCAAAAUUGCUCUUGCCUGCGUUGAGGUCUUACGACGAGCGAUAAGUGAGUUUGGGUCGAAGGUCGUCACACUGAAGCCGGUUGUAAAAGUGCUGCCGAAGCUGUUUGAGUCUCGAGAAAAGGCCGUCCGAGACGAGGCCAAGCUGCUGGCUGUUGAGGUGUACAGAUGGAUCCGAGAUGCCCUGCGGCCGCCGCUCCAGAACAUCAACUCCGUUCUGUUAAAGGAGCUGGAGGAAGAGUGGGCCAAGCUCCCAACGUCUGCCCCGAGACAGAGCCGCUUCCUGCGCUCGCAGCAGGACCUCCGGGCCAAGUUUGAGCAGCAGCAGCAGAAUGCAGGAGACGGAGGCGAUGAAGGAGAUGGUGAGGAAUCGGAGGAAGCGGCUCCUGCUGUUGAUGCGUAUGAGCUGCUGGAGGCUGUAGAGAUUCUCUCAAAGUUACCGAAAGACUUCCAUGAGAAGAUUGAAGCUAAGAAGUGGCAGGAGAGAAAGGAGGCUCUGGAGGCCCUGGAGACUCUCACCAAAAAUCCAAAGCUAGAGAGUGGAGAGUACGGAGAUGUGGUCAAAGCUCUCAACAAGGUGAUCGGUAAAGACAGUAACGUCAUGUUGGUGACCAUCGCUGCCAAAUGUGUUGCUGGACUUGCAGCUGGUCUGAGGAAGAAAUUCAGCACCUAUGCUGGUCAUUUGGUGCCGACUAUUCUGGAGAAGUUUAAGGAGAAGAAAGCGCAGGUGGUGCAGGCGUUGCAGGAGGCCAUUGACGCAGUUUUUCUCUCUACUACAUUACAAAAUGUAAGUGAAGACACGUUGGCUGUGAUGGACAACAAGAACCCGUCAGUCCGGCAGCAGGCGUCCCUGUUUCUGGCCAGAAGUUUCCGCCACUGUACCCCCACUACACUGCCCAAGAGUCUCCUCAAGCCGUUCUGUGUUGCACUACUGAAGCAAGUGAAUGACUCUGCCCCGGAGGUCAGAGAUGCUGCCUUUGAGGCUUUGGGCACAGCUAUGAAAGUGGUUGGAGAGAGAGCUGUUAACCCAUUCCUGGCUGAUGUAGAUAAACUCAAAAUUGACAAGAUUAAGGAGUGCUCAGAGAAAGUGGAGCUGGCUGGAGGGAAGAAACCUGCAGGACCAGCGAAGGAGAAAGCUCCUCCUAAAGCUGAACCUCCUGCAGAAGCCCCAGCUAAACCCUCUGGACCCCCCAAAAAGGCACCUGCUGCAAAGCCUUCAGCCCUGGGGAAGAAGGGAAAACCUGCUGCACCCAAAGGAGCUGCUCCUGCUAAAGCAAAGAAAACAGAGAAUAAAGAUGUGGCUGAAGCAGAGCUUUCGCCUGAGGUGUGUGAGGAGAGAGCAGGCGCGGUCCUCCCCGCCUCCUGCAUGCAGACGCUGGACAGCGCAAACUGGAAGGAAAGACUGGCUGCAAUGGAGGAGUUCCAUAAGGCUGCUGAACAGAUGGACAGCAAAGAGAUGCCCUGCCAGGCUCUUGUCCGAAUGUUGGCCAAAAAGCCCGGCUGGAAGGAGACCAACUUCCAGGUGAUGCAGCUGAAGAUGCAGGUUAUUGCUACAGUGGCUCAGAGGGGAACCUUCUCCAGGACGUCAGCUCUGGCGGUGCUGGAGCCUGUGGUGGAGAAGGUUGGGGAUGUGAAGUGUGGAGUGAAGGCUAAAGAGGCUCUGACCGGUGUUGCUGAGGCCUGUGGUCUGCCCUGGACUGCAGAACAGGUUGUAUCUUUAGCAUUUGGACAGAAAAAUCCAAAGAACCAGGCUGAAGCGCUCAACUGGCUUUGUAAUGCCAUUAAAGAGUUUGGAUUUGCAGGAGUAAACGUGAAGGCCUUCAUAAAUAAUGUGAAGACUGCCCUGGCUGCAACCAAUCCGGCUGUGAGAACUUCUGCUAUAUCCCUGCUGUCUGUGAUGUUCCUGUAUGUGGGGGCUCCUCUCCGCAUGUUCUUCGAGGGCGAGAAGGCUGCUCUGCUUUCCCAAAUUGACGCAGAGUUUGAGAAGGUGAAGUGCCAGACUCCUCCAGCCCCCAUCAGAGGCGGCUCUAAAGCGAGUGGUGGAGAGGAGGCUGACGAGCAGGAGGAAGAAGCUGAAGCUGGAGAUGAUGUGGUGGAUCUUCUGCCUCGAACUGACAUCAGUGACAAAAUCACCUCUGAGAUGUUGUCAAAGAUUGGUGAUAAAAACUGGAAGAUCAGGAAGGAAGGCCUGGAUGAAGUUACUGCAGUUCUCUCAGAAGCAAAGUUCAUCAAACCCGGUGUGGGGGAGCUGCCUACAGCCCUGAAGGCUCGACUCACAGACUCCAAUAAAAUACUGGUCCAGCAGACUCUGUCCAUUUUGCAGCAGAUGGCCACAGCGAUGGGACCAGCUAUAAAACAGUACAUCAAAAGCCUGGGCUUCCCCAUUUUUACUGUUCUGACAGACAGCAAGAACACAGUCCGUGCAGCGGGAUUGACUACGCUGAAUGGUUGGGUGGAGCAGACCGGGAUGAAGCUGUGGCUGGAGGGGGAGGAGUUGGCAGAGGAAAUGAAGAAGGAGAAUCCGUUUCUGAGACAAGAGCUUUUGGGUUGGCUAGUGGUGAAGUUGCCAGCUCUGCGCUCUGUUCCCUCCGACCUGCUCCUGUGUCUUCCACACCUGUACUCCUGCCUGGAGGACCGUAAUGCUGAUGUAAGAAAAAAGGCCCAGGAAGCUCUGCCUGUCUUCAUGAUGCACCUCGGCUACGACAAGAUGAACAAAGCUGCAGCCAAACUGAAGCCGACGUCUAAAGAUCAGGUGGUUGGUUUGUUGGAGAAAGCUCGAGCUUCAGUUCCGGCGAAGCCCUCGGCUCCAGCUAAAGAAGCCCCUUCUGCUGCAGCCAGCAGCACCAAACCUGCUUCAGCUCCUCCAGCUCCAGUCAAAACUGCACCGGUCAGUGAACAGGUCCCUGCUGAAACGAAGAAAUCCAAACCAGCCUCUGCUCCCAAAGCUAAGACGUCUGCACAUGACAGCAGCUCUAACUCGAGUCUGAACAGCAGUCUGGAGAAGGAAAACACUAGUUUCAGUGGUAAAUCAAAAAGCCGCACCAAAGCAAAGACUGGCAAGCAGGCUCCCGCGAAGAAGCCGUCCGCAAAAGCUGAAGACGAUCGAACCGGACCCAUCUUCACCCUGCUGCCCAACGGCAAGGAGCAGCGGAUCAAAGAGGAGAAGAGUCUAAAGGUGCUGAAGUGGAACUUCAUAACCCCGAGGGAGGAGUACGUAGAGCAGCUGAAGGCUCAGAUGACCCUGUGUGUGGCCAAAUGGCUGAUGGAGGACCUCUUCCACACAGACUUCCAGAAACACAUCAAAGCCAUUGGCUCCAUGAUGGAGCACCUGGAUGCUGAAGUUGAAGCCACAGUCGGCUGUCUGGACCUGAUCCUGAAGUGGUUCACUCUGCGCUUUUUUGACACAAACACCAGUGUGCUGAUGAAGGCUCUGGAGUACCUGAAGCUCCUUUUUAUUGCCCUCAGUAACCAGGAUUAUCAUCUUACCGAGCACGAGGCUUCCUCCUUCAUCCCCUACCUCAUCCUAAAGGUGGGGGAACCGAAGGAUGUUGUGCGUAAGGAUGUACGCAGCAUCAUCAGCCUGUUGCGGAGGGUUUAUCCCGCCAGCAGAGUGUUCCCGUUUCUCAUGGACGGCACCAAGUCCAAGAACUCCAAGCAGAGAGCUGAAUGUCUGGAGGAGCUCGGCUGCCUCGUGGGUUUGUGUGGAAUGUCUGUUUUCCAGCAGACAGCUACCAAGGCCCUGCGGGAGAUUGCAGUUCAUAUCGGUGACCGGGACACCGCUGUACGCAACGCUGCUCUCAAUGCUGUCGUGAUGGCCUAUAACGUCUGUGGAGAGCAGGUCUACAAACUCAUAGGACAGCUGUCAGAAAAAGACAUGAGCAUGCUGGAGGAGAGGAUCAAGCGUUCUGCGAAGAAGCCUUCAACUGCUGCGGCCAGCAAACCUCCGGAGGAGAAGGUGGCCGGAUCAGCCAAUGCCAGCAUGCUGCGGAAACCUAGCUCCAAUGAGGCACCGCUCAAACUGAGUGAGAUCCGUAGUCAAAAGGCAGCGGAGCAGCAACCGCCACAGCCGAGCUCAACUGUGCCCCGAGAGUUCCAGCUGGACCCAAAUUUCAUUGUGGAUCUGCCCGAGACGAUCAUGCCUGACCUCCUGGUCGUGGAGUCUGUGGAGACGGCAGAGGCGACUCCGCUUGAUGUACCAGAGUUCAAGUUCAGGUUACCGUCCAUCUCCAGCAGCUGCAGCGCCCGUGAAGAUUCCUCAAGCAUCAAUCUGGUCAUCUCCCAGGUUGCCAGCUCGGAUGCUAAAAUCAGCGUUCAGGGGCUAGCGAAGAUUGGGAAGGUCUUGCAGGAGGAGAGCAAGUGGAGUCUGUUUCUGGGUCACGUGGACGAGUUCAUCGUUGCAGCACUCAUGCAGCUCCGUCUGCUGGCCAGCAAGCGCCUGGCGGACGAGAGGACUGAGAGACAGCAGCAGGUCGACAAGCUCUACAGCUUGGUCAUAAACACCCUCAACUCGCUGGUUAUGGUGGGAAAGCUGGCUCAGGAAGCCUCUCCAGGUGUGCUGAAGGAUCUUGUGUAUGCCCUGCUGUCUCUGAUUUUGGACCCUCAGCACCAGGACAGUUCAAAGGAGUCUCCGCUCAUUCGCUCCAUUAACGUCGUGCUUUUAGCGCUGUGCAAAAACGCGGACCCAACCAACACCCUGAGUGCUCUACUGAUGCUGUUGCAGGAGGCCUGUACCUCCACUGCUUGUUCUUCUGAGUUCUCAGAAAUGGUUAUGAAGUGUCACUGGCGUAUGAUCAGGCUUCUUCCGGAGAAGAUUGAGGCUCUGUAUUUGGACAAGAUUCUUCUGGAUAUCCACAACUUUAUGAAGCUCAUCCCUAAAGAGAUCCUCAAACAGAAGUCUAACGCCAUGGCCCAGCGCACCGUUAAAACCCUGCUGCACACGCUCUACAGGCUCGUCGGGCCAAAGAUUAUGGAUCAUUUAAGUCUUAUUGAAAACCGCAGUGAGUCUGAGGUUGAGGCUCAUCUGAGACGUGCCAUGAACUCCGCAUCUUCCCAAACGUCAAAGGAUUCAGAGAACAUCAGUAAAUCUAAGAUCCAGCCCCCUGCGGUUGCAGACCCUGUCCGGAUUUCCUCAAAGCCUGCGAGCAGUUCGAGCAGCAGUGAGAGCCUUAACCCGGCUCAUUAUGAGGAAAGGCUGAGGGCUCUGAGGCAGCUCUACGGAUUAGGCAACAACUCACAGUCUGUAAGUGUGGAGAAGUCCAGCGUCCCUGCAGUGAGCUCCAAACCCGCCGUCUCGACCAUGGACAUGCUGCAGUCUCAGCUCGCCCAGCUCCGCGAGUCCCGCGAGCAACAGGGCAGCCAGAACACUCGCCCGCGCAGUCCGGCCCGCGCUGCGGGACCACCUCCAGACCUCAACGAGUUCAAAGCUAGACUAGAAAUGAUCAAGGCCAACUUGCGCUGACUGUCAACAGGUUCUAAACGUUCUGCUUCUUCUGCACCUUCAUAAUAAAUUCUGUCAAAGCCUCGCCUAAUGCACUCAGCCUACCUCUUAUACAGCAUUUCUGUUUGUCCUUGUCUUGUUUUUCUUUGUGUAAUUUUUUUGUAUAUUUGUGUUUUAUUACUUGAAAUGUUUUAAUCAAGGUAUCUUAAUGCCACGGCUUUCAAACAUGUAUGCAUAUUAACUGAGAAAUGCAAUGUGAAUAAAUAAAUGAAUUACAAAAUG